AUGAAAAGUCGUUUAUACGAGCGUUACAUAACGAAUGCAACUCUGUGCAGAGAGAGAUUCGCGCAGGAUCGCUCGGACUUAUGUACGUGUACGAGUACGUCGACCCAGAUAUUCUGGGCCACCAUGUCGUGCCUUCAUUAUUGCAUAGUUUUGACGUUUAUCUCGAUUUUGGUGUUGGGUUUCGAAACUUUUGAUGACGAUUAUCACGAAUGUGCUCGUUCUUGCUCCCACGAGCCAUCCUCCAAAAAAAUGUGCACUUAUAAUUUCUUUGUUACGGAAUUGCAUGGCACUACAAGCAAUUUUUACAACAAACUUGAGAGCAACGAUGACGUCUCACGGUACGCGAACGUCACCGCGGGCAAGAGCUUUCUGACGAUUAACGGAAGAAGUCCGGGACCGGCUAUACAAAUUUGUCUCGGCGACACGAUAGAGGUUCUCGUCUACAACAAAUUAGGAAGCGACGAGUUAGCCCUUCACUGGCACGGAAUUCGCCAGAAGGACUCCAAUCACAUGGACGGGGUGCCCAUGAUAACGCAGUGCCCUAUCUUACCAUUCGGCGGUUUCCGUUACGAGAUAACCCCCGAGAGCGCGGGAACGUACUUCUACCACGCCCAUUCAGUCUCGCAGCAGGGCGACGGGGUGUACGGGUCGUUGACAGUUCGAGGACCACGGGACGAGGAUCACGGUCCGGAGGAGAGGACGCUUGUUUUGUCGUCAAGGUCGUCGACUCCGCUGACGCGGCACGCGAGCCUCUCGCCACCUACGCCAGGCGAGCUUCUUGUAAACGGCCAGGUGCGGGACGUGGUCGUGCGAGUGAGACAUGGAUCGCGCUAUUUGCUACGCCUCGUCAAUGCAAAUGCUCAUGAUUGUCCCAUUUUAUUGUCCGCCCAUGGACACUCGCUUGAAAUACUUGCUGCUGACGGCAACCCUGUACAAUCGAUGACGGGCACGCAUGUCGUUUUAUUCCCAGGCGAAAGACUCGAUGGCAUUCUAACGGCUAAUCAGGCAAUUGGCAAGUACAUCCUCGAUAUUCAUGGUCUUCAGAAAUGUCGCAAUUUGCGUCAGGAGGCAUAUAUUUCUUACGAAGAGACUGAACGCAAUUCGUACGCAAUAAAAACUGUAAAUGUUGAUCAUUUGGACGAACAGUCAAUUAAAAUUGCCGAAAGUGGUCAUGAUUGUCAUAGAAUAUCGAGAAACGUCAUUUGUUCUUUGGAUAUGAAGAGCAGAAAAGUAUCACAAUUGAAAGAAGAAGCGGAUGAAACGAUCUAUGUACCCUUUGACACAAAUACUUUUUCAUUUUUUACGGAUGAGAUGACAGACAAUUCUUACAACUUUUAUACAUCAAUAUAUUAUCCAGCUUACCUGAGCUUAAAGAAAGACACGAUAAGGAUACCACAGAUUAAUGACAUGUCUUUUAAAUAUCCACCAUCUCCGAUACUAUCGCAACCAGAAAAUGUUUUGGAGGAAACGAUUUGCUCUCUCGACAAACGCUCUAGCGAAUGCACCGACACACCGUUAUUUUGCGAAUGUCUGCAAUUGCUCCAAGUUCCAUCGCAAAAAAUAAUCGAAAUUAUAUUAAUAAACCAAGGCUUUGGAGGUAAUGAAUCUUACACGUUUCAUUUACACGGUUACAAUGCCAGUGUUGUUGGCCGAGAAAGUUUUAAGCAGCCUCUUACCAAAAAUGACGUCAUAUCCUUGAAUCUCAAUGGGAAGAUACGUAGAAAUCUUAUGAAUCCGGUGCGAAAAGAUACGUUUGUUGUACCAAAUAAAGGAUAUAUCAUUCUUCGUUUCUUUACCGACAAUUUAGGAUAUUGGCUGUGGGAAGCAAGAAGUACUGCUGUAUAUCCUCCUUUACUCGGGCCUGGGAUGCAAUUCUUAAUGAGAGUGGGUCUUCAGCGAAACUUGCCACUUGUACCGAUUGAUUUUCCUAGCUGCGGCAGUAACAAGGGCAUAGAUUUGAUAUUUGAGUCUUAAAUAUUUUCAACACAUUUCAGUACAUGCACAUAUCAAUAUACUCAAUAUAGUCUCUCGAACUAUAUCUCUUGAAUAUUGUCGUUAAGUUGUAUUAAUUGUUAUUAUUUUUAGAAUGUCUUAUCUAUUAUUCUUGUUUUGCAUAGAAAAAUUUAUAUUUAUAUCUCGAGUUACUAUCGAUUUUUAUUACUUGACACGUGUACGUGUCGAGUGUGUUUAUAGGGUGUAAUAAUUAUAGUUUUACUCGUUUUGCCCGUUAUCAACACAUGACAAUAUAGAUAGCUAUAAUCUAAAAAAAAAAUUUUGUUUUUCUAAGCUUUGAACUUUUGUCUAUUCCUCUUGGUUAUAUAUUCUAAAAAAAUACAAAUUCUUUAAAAUCAAUUAUGUUCUAACUCGGUACUCGAGUUGCGUUAUAUAUUAGUUUAAGUUAAAUUGAAAGUUAAUUUUAAAUGGCAUUAAUUAUUCGUAUUAAAAUAUCGACUAAUCUAGGAUUCUUUUUUAACUUAAUUAGAUUAUUCGGAGAAGCUUUCAAAACUCUUCAUCGUCCGAUUUAGUUUAAAUUUAAAAAAUAGAUACUUUUAACUUGAAAGAAAACAUGCGAAAAGAUUUUUAUUGAUUCAAAAUUUAAGAGAAUUUUUAUGUGUACAAGAAUUUUGAUAAAUAUUUAAUUUAUGGUUUUCUUCUUAAAUCUUAAUAUAGAAAUAAUGUAAUAAAUUGAUGCGUUUUUGCAUGAAACGAAAGAAUCUGGCAAUGAAAAGCGUCGUUUUGCGAAGCGAGUAUAAAAGACUAUUCAGACUAGGAUACCUGACGAAAUGUUGCAACUUUAUAAAUUAAUUAGUUCAAAUUAAUAAACAUUAUAUGUUGUGUUCAAUAGACAGGUGUUUUAAUAACAGACGUAACAAUAAAUUUAAUGCAUUCAUAU